AUGACACUACUAGCGCUUGUGAUCAGUUUAGCACGACGAUAUCAAGGCGAUGCAGUGUUGCUGAUUGCUGACCGAAGCCCAGUGGUUAACCAUCUCCCCAUUUUUUCACUCUUGCUAUACGCUGGGAUGGUCGAGUGUCAACUGAUACAACUGGCAAAACAACGACAACAACAAUCAUCCAUCGAUCAUAAUGAUGAGCAACAAGAAGAAAAACGACAUUUAAACAGCUGGAGACAAUGGGCAGUGCUUGGUUUAUUAUUGGUCUAUUGUGGACUGACAGUGGCACAUGUGCUGAUCAUGCUUUUGUUGGACGACAACUUACCCCUUACAAGAGAAUGGCUCGCUAUCACAGUGACUGGAUUGGUGGGCAUUGCUCUCUUGACCACAAUUUGGUUUGCUACACGCAUCAAAAGAGAUGGAAUAUGGGUGCUCUUGCUGCAUGUACUCUUUUUGGUGUUUACAGUUGGGCUUGCUCUCGCAUCAUGGCUUUUACAUGACAUGAUUGAUCAACCACCCCAUCUCGUUUCUAUGACGACAACGGAUUGGAUUCUUAUGGAAGCAUUGACCGUCUUUUUACCCCUCAUUCUCUUGCUUGGUUUAACAUCUUGGGUUGUUCGUCCCAUCAUCCACCUCAACAACGUGUACUACAACAGCAACAACAAUAACCUAUAUUCACCCCGAAUUCUCGGAUUUAUUUCUCGUCGCACUCAACCCUACCGAUUCUCCAAUGUAUAA